UUGGGGGUGGUGAAUAAAAUAGUUCAAAAUAAUAUAUAUAUUUUUAAAUAUAAACUGGGUAUAUUUAGGUUUUUCAUUCUAAAACUAUAUGUAUUGUUUCAAGUUAAGACUACAGGUAUUUGUACUCUUUCUAACGAUGAACUUAAAGAAAACUGACUUUAUAAAUCCCCUAAGAAUCGCAAAAAUGGCACAGAAAAGCCAUUCUGAGAAAAGUUCUGAGAAAACAAUAAGAUAUUACAAAAUCCAUUCAAAUUUACUUAUGUGACAGUUUUUAUUGGUUGGGUAUGCACAUUAUAUUUAAUAAAUGUGCCUUUUAAGUUUUGUAACUUGUUGAACAGAUGAUAAAAACUUUUGAUUAUUCAUAUUAUUGUUGUUUUUCUUGCUUGAAUGUUUCCCUAAUCGAAUGAUUCCGUGUCAUUGUGACAUCACAGUCUUGAUGAUAAUGUUACUCUGUCUGCUGUGUCACUAAUUUGUUAGCACAGCUAAGUUACAGCAGGCAGCAUCUUUAAAACUGAACAGUAGACUGAGGUUCCUGUGAAGUUAUUUUCUGCCACAAUGUUUAUUUACAUUAAACAUGGAGAUAAUGACCAGUUCAUGGUCAACACCAAUUGUACAGUUGUUGUCCUCAUGCAGUACAUGAAAACUCGGUUGCAACUUGCUGAGUCAGAGCUCAUAGACCUGUGUGAUGAACAAGGAGAGUUGAAAUUCCUCUUUGUGCCCCAGAAUUCACAGAAGUCUGCUUGUGGACUGCUAAAGGCUAGAGAGUCAUUCACCGCUUGCAUUAUUAAGCGUACGUCUGAUGGGGCUUAUACUUCAGUCACUUCUCUACUAUCCAAUGUUCACUCUGGUCUGAAAGAGACUCUGCAGACUCAGAUUGACAAUCAUGAGAAAACUCGUCUGAAGCAGCUUCGUUUUGUGGAGGCUACAUCAAUGGGAAUCAGUGAUGAAGCACUGCUUAAAAUCACUAAAAGGCGCAAGAAAGUUACGCUUGUAAAUGCCGGUGAUGAAGUCCAGCGCCACACUGGGGACAGGAAGAAGAACAGGAACUGAGAAAAUGCCAUCACAUCAGUCUUCAUGCUCUUUCUUAAUGUUGAGUCCGAGUUUAAUUCAUUCAAAUUACAGACAUGAUGUUCAUCAGAAAUGCUGUAUUACUUUUCAUCUUUUCAGUAGGAGAUUAAAAAGUUAUGACAAUGACUAUAUAAAACUCAGGUACAUCCUUUUGCUGGAGGAUGAAAGGGAAGUAAAAGGGAAGGAAUUUCUGUAAAAUAAUGUUUCAAUGCAAAUCUGUCUAAUAUAUAUAUAUAUAUAUAUAGA